AUGGAGCAAGACGACGACGACGACGACGACGAUGACCAGGUGACGAAGCAAAGUGUUUCCUCGGCACAAUCCCCGUGCAGUUGCAGCCCGUAUUUUUCAUCAUCAACCCCGGAAAUCCUGGCAUGUCCCCCGCAACCCCCGCGCCUUGAGCCUGAUCCCCUGGCACCCCGACUCGCCCGCCUUGACCCGCGCGUAAACCCCCCUGCCGGCGCUGGAGCGACAUGCGGAAAAGCCGGUGCCCCCGUUCACGGCGAGCAGAGCAUCCCCACCGCCGUGCUGCAGACUCCACGCGUCGAAGCCAGGCGUAGGAUCGAGGCAUUGCAGCUGCUGGUCGGAGUUGACGAAGCAGGCGUUGUCGAAGGCGUCCCGCAGGACGUGCUUGGAAUCCGCCAGGUCGAUGCAGUACCAGCCGUCGGGGUCGCCGGCGCCCAGGGUAAGAUAUCCACCGCCCGGCCGCUGCUGGACCGCCUGGCCGGAGGAGACGUCAAGCAGAGCAAAGCAGCAUGCGCCGGGGGGGACGGGGGCAUCGCGGCCGAGGACCAUGCCCGCCGUGGCGGGGAGCAGCGAGACAAGCAGGCCGAGCAUCAUGACUGGGAAGAAGCCGUCUUGACGAGACGAGAUUGCUGCCGUUCCAUGAACGAGGCGCGUCACGGGGUGUUUUUGGCACAGUCCUUGUUUUACACAGCUGCAAAAGAAGCCGUGGGCAGACAGAUGUGCGGCAAGAGCGAGAAUGAAAAGCAAAGCGAGCCGCCGAGCCAAGUCUUAAGAGGGGAAACCUCCAACGAGCUCCCUCCCACGGAGGCUCGUCGCAUCAUCUACCGAUGCCAAUAUAUAUCAUGCAGCUGGGACGGCUCUCGUCACCAACUCGUUGUUGUCGUCACUUGCUCGCUCCCCUUGAGUGGUUGGUAA